UUUCAACAGAUUGGCAAUUCUCUUUCCUUUAACAAGAAUGACAUUUUUCUGACGUUAACUGUCAGUUCGUCUGUUUCUGUAGCAGCGCUGUUAACCAUCGAGAAAACGCCAAUAAAAUGUCGGCUCUUUUACGUUUUGUCAAUCGAGCUGCAUUACAACGCACAUUGGCUGUGCGUGGUAUUAAAACUUCACCCAAGAAAGAUGAAACAGCUGCUGUCGCUGGCCCCGUUACAAAAGAGGACUUUGCAAACCCUAAUCCCAAAAAUUGGGUGAGCUACGGCUUCGAUUACAAAGAUGAAGCCAACGAUCGCAACUCAACAAAAUCAUCAUUCUUCUUUGCCGUAACCUUGUGUCUGGCAUGGGGUACCUUCGUCUGGGCUUAUUUGCCCGACACACAAAUGCGUGAUUGGGCACAACGUGAAGCAUUUUUGGAGCUCAGACGCCGCGAGUUAGCAGGUGUGGACUUGGUUAGCCCCAAUUAUGUAGAUCCAGCCACAAUUGUACUGCCAUCCGACGAUGAAUUGGGUGAUACCGAAAUUAUCAUCUAAAUAGAUGUUGUGCUUUUCUUUAAAACUUAUGAACUACUCUUAAGUAUAAUUGAUAAACGUCGUUAUGUAAUGAAUAAAUCGAAAAUUCAAUCAUCCACGGCAGAGGAUUUAUAAUAAAAUAGUAUUGAAAUGAGGAGAGAAA